AUGCCGCCAAAUUUCUUUCAAAAACCUGAGACCGCUUUGAAGCGUGCUCAAGAACUGAUUCAAGUUGACAAAGAAGCUGAUGCCUUGGAUACUCUUCAUGAUACUAUUAAGUCACGCCGACAUAAACAAUGGACUCAGGUUCACGAGCUGAUUAUGCGAAAGCAUUUGGAGCUUUGUGUGAAUCUGAAAAAACCGCAUGUUGCCAAAGAUGCUCUUUUCCACUACAAAUCCGUUACUCAACAAAUUGCCGUCAAAUCGCUUGAGACUGUUAUUGAGCAUUUCCUUAGCUUGGCUGAAGCUAAGACUGUGGAGGCUCAGAAAACUUCCAUCGAAAAAGUCGAAGAAAUCGACGAUUUGGAUCAGGGAGAUAUCCCAGAAGCGCUACUGUUAUCUGUUGUGUCUGGUGCUGCCGCCCAAGACCGAAUGGACAGAACAGUUCUUGCUCCAUGGCUCCGCUUCUUAUGGGAUUCUUAUAGAAACUGUCUCGAUUUAUUGAGAAAUAACUCACAGGUUGAACAUUUGUAUCAUAGAAUUACUAGACAAUCUUUUGAAUUCUGUGCCAAAUAUCAACGUCGUGCUGAAUUUAAAAAAUUAUGUGAACUGCUCAGAUUGCAUCUGAAUCAAAUUCAGAAGCAUCAACAUCUCCCUCAUACUGUCAAGCUCAACAACCCCGAUUCCCUUUCUAUGAUGCAAGAAACUCGUCUUCAUCAAUUGGAAACAGCCAUCAAGAUGGAGCUCUGGCAAGAAGCCUACAAAAGUGCCGAAGAUGUUCAUGGUAUGAUGCAACUCAGCAAGGACAAAGACAAAAAAACUGUCAAACCAGCUAGUUACGUUAACUAUUAUGAUAAGCUUGCCUUAGUCUUCUGGAAAGCUGGAAACAGCCUCUUCCAUGCCGCCGCUCUCUUACAAAAAUUCACUAUUUAUAAGGACAUGAAGAAAUCUUUCACUCCUGAUGAAGCUCAGGAGCAGGCAACCCGGGUUCUCUUGGCUACAUUAGCUAUCCCCGAUGGUGCUGACGCUCCAUCUGAUCUUACUCGUCACUUGGAUAUCGAAGAUCAACAUGCUUCCAAUAUUAGGCUUCUGUCCAAUCUUCUCAGAUUACCCAUAGCUCCUAUUCGUGCCGGUAUUUUGAAGGAGUGUGCUCGUUUAGGAAUACCAGAGCUAGCAUCUGAUGCUGCCAAAUCCCUUUACAAGCUUCUGGAGAACAACUUUGCCCCAUUGAGACUAGCUCAGGAUGUUGAGAAGGAGUUACAGGUCAUUAACGUAUCAGAGCAUAAGGAUUAUGUUGAGUCUCUGCGUUAUGUCGUUGCUACUAAAGCUUUAAAACAGAUCGCAGUUAUCUAUGAUUCCAUUAGUUGGGCUAGAAUUCAAAAGAUUGUUCCUUUCUAUAAUGAGUUGGAAUUAGAACGUCUUGUUGUUGAUGUUUCCAAGCACCGAUACGUCCGAGCUCAGAUUGAUCAUAGAUCCGGCUGUGUACGUUUCGGAGCCGCUGAUGCUACUCUUGCUGGAGGAGUCGACUUGGAAGAAGCUGACGGAUUUACUGGUGAUGACUCUCAACUCGGAGUCGAAGGCAUUCGCACCCAUCUUGAACUUAUGUACAACAAGCUCAGAAGCACUGUCGAAUUCUUGGACGGAGAUAAGAAACGUGAAGAUAUGAUUGCUAGAGUGAGACAACACGCUAUUAAUUACGAACGUAACCGUCAAAUGGAAUCCGAUCGUAUCCUUGUACGUCGCAGAAAGAUUGAGAACUACAAGGAAAGCUCGGAGCGCGCUAAGGCUGAAAGAACUCAACAGGUUCAAGCUGAGAUGUUGAAGAAGGAGGAAGCCAAACGUGCCGAAGAAAUGAAGAGAUUGGAGCAAGAAAAUAUCGAAUCUGAGAGAAAGCGUAAACAAGUCGAACAGGAGGAAAUUCAACGCAAAAUCCGACAAGACCAAAUUCGCCGUAUGCAGCAAUCCGCUAUUUACCAAGCUAUCAUCAAGGAGAAGGGAGAAAGCGCUUUCCAAGACAUGGACCCCGAAGCAGUUUUACGCGAGCAGAGAGAGCGACUGGAUAAGGAACGUAUGGAAACUCAGAAGAGACUUCAACAACAAGAGAAGACCUUCGACCACCAUGUCCGAGCCAUCCAUUUGGAAGAAAUGUUGGAGAGAAAGGCAAUAAUGAACAAGAGAUUGUCUGAUGCUCCUACUGCUCAUAAGGAAUACGAAGAGCGCCGCAUUCAAAAGGCUAUUGAUGCCCAUGAAAGUGCACUCCAAUCAUGGAACAGAUUGGAUGCUGUUCGUUCUGAAUCUGAAUCAUGGAUCACAGCCGUUAAGGAUGGUAACGCUUCUAACUUCACCAGAAAGGUUACCGAUUGGGAGGAUAAGCUCGAAGCAGUCAGAUCCGCUCGUUUGGCUGAAAGAGCUGAAGAAAGGAAGAAGAAGAGACAAGAAGACUGGCUCGCGGAGAAAGCUAAGAACGAGAAACAAAGAAGAGAAGAAGAAGAACGACAACGUCUUAAAGUUGUUGAAGAACAAUGGAAAGCUGCUAGAGAUGGUCAAGGCCCUGACCGCAGAAGAAGAGAAGAAAAUGAUUCCAAGUCUAUGCUUGAUAAUGACUGGAGAUCAGGAGGAGGAAGACAAGCUCCACGUGAAAACAGAGAACACCGUGAACCACGUGAAAAUAGAGAGCAGAGAGACUCCCGCGAACCUCGAGAAGACUAUUCUUCUAGAUUCUCCCGCAAUAACGCUUCUGGCCCAACUAACAAUGAGCCUUGGGCUAGAGGAAAUGUUGUUAAGAAGAAUGAAAAUAUACCAGAAGCCGCUUCUGAAGCUCCAACAAGAUCUGAAUUCAACCAACGUCCCUCUAUGUCUCGCCCGUUAGCCUCCAAUAAUGAAGAAAAGUGGGCUAGAAAUGUCAGAAAAGUCGAUCCACCUGCAACAUCAAGCACUGAGGAUAAGGGCUUCACUAGAGUUGGAAAAGGAGGUAUCCCUGAGAAAUCUGACGCCUUCCCUAUCCGCCGAGACUUCGGAGACCGUUCAGAACGACCAAUCGAACGUAACGAUAGAACCAUGGAACGUCCUGAGAGAACUUCCGAUCGUCCAGAAAGAAAUUUCGAUCGCCCCGAGAGAACCUUUGACCGUUCCGAGAGAACUUUUGACCGUUCUGAUAGAGGAUUCGAGCGUAGCGACAGAGGUUUCGAUCGUUCAGAAAAAACAUCCGAUCGACCAGAAAGAAGUAUGGGUGGCUUCAACCGUGACCGAGAUACUACUGAUCGCAGUUUUGGUGGUCCAAAUCGUCGACCUUUAAAUAAACCCAAGGAAGGUGGUGCUGACUCCAAUAACUGGCGACGAUAA